AAGAAAGAAAGAAAGAAAAGGAUGGGAAGGGGAAGAGUAGAGUUGAAGAAGAUAGAGAACAAAAUAAAUCGACAAGUUACAUUCACAAAAAGAAGAAAUGGACUUCUUAAAAAGGCUUAUGAACUCUCCAUUUUGUGUGAUGCUGAAGUUGCUUUGAUCGUCUUCUCCGCUCGUGGCAAACUCUAUGAAUUCUCAAGCUCUUCCAGUAUAGGGAAGACCCUGGAGAGGUAUGAAAGGCAUAGCUAUGGUGCAUUGGAAGCCUCCCACCCUCCAAAGGACACUGAGAGAUGGUAUCAAGAGUAUUUGAAGCUGAAAGCAGAAGUGGAAGCUUUACAAUAUUCCCAGAGACGAUUUCUUGGAGAAGAAUUGGAUGAUUUGGAGUCAAAGGAAUUAGACCAACUAGAAAUUCAACUGGAGAUGUCUCUAAAGCAAAUUAGAUCUACUAAGAGACAAACGAUGUUUGAUCAAUUAUCUGAUCUCCAAAAAAAGGAAGAUAGGCUGCUGGAAACAAAUCAAGCUUUGAGGAAAAAGUUAGAGGAAAGCAGUGGAGCUAUUCAUCAUACAUCGUGGGAUUCUUCAGAGGCCAACAAUUUGCAAUACUGCAGACAACCUGAGGCCUUUCUUCAACUCAAUAAUAAUAUUAUUGCAUUGGAAAAUAGUUACAAUCCAACUGAAGUUACAAAUGAAGAAAAUGUUGUGAACUCUGGGGCAGAUGGCAAUGGAUUGUCUUCACAUUGGAUGCUGCUUUGAUAUAUAUAUAUAUAUAUAUAUAUAUAUAUAUAUAUAUAUAUAUAUAUAUAUAUAUAUAUAUAUAUAUAUAUAUAUAUGAUUCCAAAUAAAUUUGAAAAAGAAAAAAAAAAACAUAAGUCUAUUUCAAUCCAUAUUCAAUAUUGUAACACUAAUAAUAAUGUAUUUAUGAACCAUAUAAUUAUAUCCUGGAUAUGCUUCUGUUGAUUACUUAUUUGUCCUAUAA